CCCAGGAGGGACGCAUCCUCAUCAUGACGACCAAUCAUCGGGAGCAUCUGGAUGAUGCCCUCAUACGGCCUGGUCGCGUUGACAAGAAAGUCGAAUUCCAGCUUGCCGACGCUGAUGUGAUCAGAAGGCUGUUCUGCACUGUGUUCGAACAGUCAACAGAGGAGUUGCCUGAUGCGGAGGCUCGAGACAAGAGCAACGAAGAAGUUCGGCGGCUGGCAGUCGAGUUUGCGGCCGCGAUACCGGAGCUGGAGCUUAGCCCUGCCGACAUUCUUUCGUUCCUCCUCGCAAACAGGGGCUCUCCAUCAAGCGCUUUGGCCGAUGCGGCAGGAUUGGUAUCAAAGACUAGAAAGGGUGGAGCGCUCAGAAUGGGUGAUUCUUGGGUUCAUAGUGAUUGA